AUGAAGAGCCACAUAUUUCUAUCGCCGGCCGCCCUCGUCUUGACCCUGUUCUCGACGAGAAGCCUCGCCCACGGGCACUACAGCGACCAGCAAUGGUACGAGCCUCGAGAGCAGCACAUCCUUGAUGCCCCCGAAAUUGCAAGGCCCAUGCCCUCACUCGGCAUCGACACAUUUCAAAACCCAACGCACAACGACCUGGGUUUCUGGCAUGGUGCGGGUGAAAAUUUGACCACGCAGUACCAGCCUGGCUCCAUGCGACUCUUCCCAACCGACCCGGAUCAAAAUUUUCAUACACAGUUCGAAACGAACGGGUGCUUCAGUUUAAUCCCGUGGCAAGAUCAAUUCCUACAUGUUGAAUUUGUCGGCACCGAUCGGUUCACUGUUUCCUUGAACGAGCAUAACGUCGACUGCUCCCCUCGUCGUGCUCCGUUCCCGGGUGUACCAGACAGUAUUCAGGCAUCACGCUAUGUGAUGAGAAUAGGGCACGGUGGCUCCAACAUUGAUGAAGAAGACCCUGAAGAGGACGAGACUAUUCGCAAGAAAGACGGCGAGAAGCAAAAAAGCAAAGACAACUGCCGCGAUGAAGAUGUGCAGUCCCCAGCUGCGCCGCCGAAGAAAGAGCUGUUCAUUCCGCUCUCUCACUUCCACAUCGAUCAGAAUCGCGUCAUAUCUGUCUCUUUCUCCGGCUUUUAUACCAACAAGUCCGUCACGCUGCAUCGGGUUGAGAUUGUUUCGAGUGUCCCGCCGCCGAGGGAGGAAAAUAACUACUUCAAGGUUCCUGAGAAGCUACCCACAGGAGACUUGAUUCUGCGAUGUACUCGGCCAAACUCCUUUGCGUUUGGAAUCGAUGAUGGAUCGCCUCGCUUUGCGCAGGAGGUUAUGAGGAUCCUUGAUGAGGAGGAUGUUCGGGUUACAUUCUUUGCUGUCGGAGCUGGACUCAGGGAUACCACCACAAAUCUCACCACUUUCUAUCGUGAAAUGCUGGCCAAGGGGCAUCAAGUUGCGCUGCACUCAUAUACACACCCCAGAAUGGAAGCCUUGCCCACACUUGACCAGAUUGAUGACGAAAUCAUCCAAGCCCAAAGGACUCUCCAGGAACAACUCGGGAUCGAAUCCUCCUACUUUAGACCCCCAUUCGGAACCGUCGGCGCGCGGAUGCGACAGCAAAUAGCAAAGUACAUCCCCAACGCACACAUCGUCAACUGGAGCGUCGACGUGGAAGAUUGGCUCUGGGCCAACAGUUCAACUCCAGAGAGGCAGCUCGACGCAUUCUAUCGCAGCGUCGCACGAGGCGGCAAUCUCGCCGUGAUGCACUUCCUCAACCCCACGACGGUCGGGUAUCUACCCCAGUUCAUUCGACAUGUCCAAGCCUCUGGUCUCAGGAUCAUGCGUGUUGAUCAGUGCAUGGAAGAUCCCAACAGCCCACCAGUAUUGUGA